AUGGGUCGUGUACUGGUUCUGUUCAUGUUGCUCUGGAGCUCAGAUAUUGAUGAUAUCCGGUUGUUGGGAGGAUCCAGCCGCUGUUCUGGUGUGCUACAGGUGAAGCGCCAGGGAGAGUGGUCAGAAGUGGAUGACGACGAAUGGGACCUUGUUGAAGACUCUGUCAGGCUGGUGAAUAGGACUAGUCUGUGUUCAGGCAGACUGGAGGUGAAGUCUAACCAUUCUACCCAGUCAUGGUCCUCAGUGUGUGAAGAUGACUUUGACCUGCAGGAUGCAGAGGUGGUCUGCAGGGAGCUUGGCUGUGGGGCUCCUUUAGUCCUCCAGGGGGCGCUCUAUGGAGACAUAGAGGCUCCAGUGUGGACCAAAGAGUUUCAGUGUAGAGGCCAUGAGUCUGCUCUGCUGGACUGUGACAGCUCAGAUAAUAACACCUGCUCUUCUGGCAAAGCUGUCGGACUCACCUGCUCAGAGCCCGAUAAUUUACGGUUGGCGAGAGGAUCCAGUCGCUGUGCCGGUGAACUGGAGAUGAAGAAAGAGGGAAAGUGGAGUAAAGUGGAUGCCAAAGAUUCUGCCUGGAAUCUAAAGGCAGCAGAUGUAGUGUGUAGACAUCUUGACUGCGGCUCUGCUGUUUCAACAGGGAAGAAAGAGAGCAAUUCCUACACAAUCAACUGUGCAGACUCUGUCAGGCUGGUGAAAGGGACUAGUCUGUGUUCAGGCAGACUGGAGGUGAAGUCUAACCAGUCUACCCAGUCGUGGUCCUCAGUGUGUGAAGAUGACUUUGACCUGCAGGAUGCAGAGGUGGUCUGCAGGCAGCUUGGCUGUGGGGCUCCUUCAGUCCUCCAGGGGGUGCUCUAUGGAGACAUGGAGGCUCCAGUGUGGACCAAAGAGUUCCAGUGUAGAGGCCAUGAAUCUGCUCUGCUGGGCUGUGAUAGCUCAGAUAAUAACACCUGCUCUUCCGGCAAAGCUGUUGGACUCACCUGCUCAGAGCCCGAUAAUUUCCAGUUGGCGAGAGGAUUCAGUCGCUGUGCUGGUGAACUGGAGAUGAAGAAAAAGGGAAAGUGGAGUAUAGUGGAUGUUGAAGAUUCUGCCUGGAAUCUAAAGGCAGCUGAUGUAGUGUACUCUGUCAGGCUGGUAAAUGGGACUAGUCUGUGUUCAGGCAGACUGGAGGUGAAGUCUACCCAGUCUACCCAGCCGUGGUCCUCAGUGUGUGAAGAUAACUUUGACCUGCAGGAUGCAGAGGUGGUCUGCAGGGAGCUUGGCUGUGGGGCUCCUUCAGUCCUCCAGGGGGCGCUCUAUGGAGACAUGGAGGCUCCAGUGUGGACCAAAGAGUUCCAGUGUAGAGGCCAUGAGUCUUCCCUGCUGGAUUGCGACAGCUCAGAUAGAAAGACCUGCUCUUCUGGCAAAGCUGUUGGACUCACCUGCUCAGAGCCUGAUGUCAGGUUGUCAGGAGGAGCCAGUAGCUGUGCUGGUACGCCAGAGAUGAAACAACAGGGACAGUGGAGACCAGUGAUUGACUGGGAUUCUGAAUGGGACCAGAAGUUAUCAUCUGCAGUGUGUAAACGGCUGGACUGUGGUUCUGCUGUUUCCACAAACAUAAGCAGCUCUAGAAGAACACCUGUGUGGGGGAUCAGUCGUUCUUGUGUUCAGUCUGAAUGGAUAGUACGGGAGUGUUUAUGGUUAACAAGUUACAGGACAAGCCCCAAGAACCCGGAGGUGGUCUGCUCAGAUUUGCUGGCUCAGCCAAAAAUCUCCUUCUCUACCCACAGUGAUGGGGUUUCUGAGGCCACGCAGCAGGGGUUGCGAGUUCUCAUGGGUUCCAACUUCACCAUCAGCUGCUCCGUCCUGCCACAGUACCCAGGAGGCUCCUUCAAGCUCAUCUUCAACACCUCCGACCCAGAACAGAAGACCUACACCCUGCCAGCUGUCAAUCACUCGGCCCACUUCCUGUUCUCUGCUGCAGACUCCACCCACCGAGGGGAGUAUCGCUGUGUUUAUCACCUCUAUGUUUUCUCCCAUAACUUCUCUUCUGAGAGCCUGCCGCUCCAUCUACCUCUCGCAGGUAACUUCACAGACAAUCUGAGUCAAACAGGGAAAUGUCACACUGACUUACAUCUGGUCAUUGGACUGGUUGUCCUGAUGGUGCUGCUGGUGCUUGUGUCCGGUGCUGCCCUGUUUUUCUACUCCAAGGCCAGCAGAGGGCAGACACCAAGACGAGAGGACAACAUGGAGGUGCAUUACCUCUGUGGUGCUGACGACUUGCUGGGUGAAGAGGCAGGAGGAGCGCAGGGCUCAGAGUAGGAUCUCACAGCCAGAUGGAUGGCUCUGUUCUCAAACAGCCAAAUCAGAGCAGUUCAGGUGUGGGAUAAUAUCAGGCAUAGCUUUCCUAGAGAAGACCCAGACAGACAAACAACAACAUUG